AUGCAGCUUAUUAAGUACCUCAACAAGGCCGUGUUUACCGUAGCAUACAACGAUGCCUUCUAUGAAGAUAUCCAGAAAGUUGGCGAGUUCGCCAAGCUAGCGUAUUACGCUGACGUUCUGGUGGGCACGGUGUGCUGUAAGUUCGAAACGGACAAGAACGACCCGACCAAGAGGACGUGUUAUAUCAUGACUCUGGGCUGCCUCGAUCGCUACAGAAGGGUUGGUGUCGGAAGCCUACUGCUGCACCACAUACUGAAGCAGUGCGUAAAGGAUGACACCAUCACCCAAGUCCGCCUUCACGUGCAAUCGAACAAUGACCUUGCCAUGUCAUUCUACCAAAAAUUCGAUUUUAUUAACACAGGCGCCGUGGCGUCAUACUACAAAGAUCUGACGCCGUCAGACGCGUAUUUGUUAGUUAAGAAUAUCGAGCACGACCUCCCUGUCACGGAAGGCGUCAGUAAGAUAGCCAUAUAA